AUGGCCACCAUCCUGUAUGAGAGUCAUCUAUGCUGCCUGCAGCCCACGCUGGACUACCUUGAGGCCCUGGGGCUUCUGUUCAGCCUGUUCAAGACCUCCAUGUACACGGGCACCAUCCCCAAGUGGCUCCGGGAGUUCUGCAGGUCCUGGGAUGGACUCUUCAAAUUCAGCCAAAUUCAUGUUGACAGCAGGCUGGGGGACAUACUGUGCCAGCCUGACCAGGGGCAGAGAGUUGGAGCUGGGCUUCUCACAUGCCUCUUCCUCAGCUAGGAGCUGAUGCGGGAGGAGAUCUACGCUAACAUGACCGAGAUGCUGCUGGCCAGCAUUGACCUGGGGUUGAGCUCAAAACAACCCCCCCCCCACAACCCCCAAGACCAUGAGCACAUGUGUCUGAGUGAUUGCUGGGUGUGGAGGAGAACAUUGGCCUGGGCGGUGUAUCUCCUUGCAAGAUACCGGGAUGUGCAGCAGACGGUGUAUCAGGAGAUAGUGAAGAAUCUGGGGGAAAGGCAGGUCCCCACAGCCGCAGACGUCUCUAAAGUCCCUUUGAUCCAAGUUCUGCUUAAGGAGAACUUGAAGCUGUUUCCAGUGCUGCCAGGGAAUGGCCAGGUCACCCAGGAGGACCUGCUUGUUGGCGGGUAUCUGAUUCCCAGAAGCAUCCAACUGGCCCUCUGCCACUGUGCCACGUCCUUCUAGGAUAAUGAAACCUUCCCUCAGGCCAAGGAGUUCCGGUCUGAACACUGGCUUUGGGUAGGAAACCUGGACAGGGUGGGCAAUUUUGGGUCCAUCCCCUUUGGCUCUGGGGCUCGAAGCUGCAUCCAGCAGAGGACUGCAGAACUGGAGAUCCACCUGGUCAUGAUCCAGUUGCUUCAACAUUUUGAGAUCAAAACAUCUCCUUAGACUAAAACCAUUCAGCUUCUGAUGCCAGGGGAGCCCAUCCAUGUGCGUUUCAUCAGCAGGAAGUAG